UAGAGGAUUGCUGCGGGAAGACGGACGGUGCGGGGGUUUCAUUCACAGGCUUCUCCACGUUUCUUCACCCCGUUCCUCUAUUUCAACAGGACAUAUUCAUCCUUAAUACAGUGUUUUUUAAUUGCUACUGUUGUUUGAAACGGAGCCAAAGCGACGCAAAGGGGUGGAUUGGUUGUUGUGCGGUUUUUAAUCGGCGGUGUUAUCUGAACGGCAGGCACGCUGAUGGCGGUCACCAUCGAGGAUCUGUACCGGAGCUACGGGGUCCUUGCUGAUGCUAAGGACAACCUCAGCCAGCACAAAGACGCCUACCAAGUCAUCCUGGAUGGCGUGAAGGGUGGCGCCAAGGAGAAGCGGCUGGCAGCACAGUUUAUUCCCAAGUUCUUCAACAGCUUCCCAGAAUUGGCAGAUGCAGCCAUUAACGCCCAGCUUGAUCUCUGUGAAGAUGAUGAUGUGUCUAUUCGACGACAUGCCAUCAAGGAGCUGCCGCGGUUUGCAACUGGCGAGAACAUCGUCAGGGUUGCAGAUAUUCUCACCCAGCUCCUCCAGACAGAUGACACAGCAGAGUUCAACCAAGUGAAUGCAGCACUUAUUUCCAUCUUCAAGAUAGAUGCUAAAGGUACUCUCGGGGGCCUCUUCUCUCAGAUCUUGCAGGGAGAGGACAUAGUGCGGGAAAGGGCCAUCAAGUUUCUGUCAACCAAGCUGAAGACUUUCACAGAAGAUGUAAUGACCAAGGAGGUAGAGGAGUACGUCUUUACAGAGACAAAGAAGGUGUUGGAGGAUGUUACCGGAGAGGAGUUUGUGCUGCUCAUGCGUUUGGUGUCAGGCCUUCGGGUGCUGCAGACAGUGAACGGGCGGCAACAGCUGGUCGAGAUGGUGGUUGAGCAGGCGUUCCUGGAGCAGGCCCUCAACCCGGCUGACCCUGACACUGUAGACCGCCUGCUGCAGUGCACACGCCAGGCCCUGCCCCUUUUCUCUAAAAAUGUCCAUUCCACGCGUUUCAUCACCUACUUCUGCGAACAUGUCCUGCCCAACCUCAGCACCUUGGCGAGUCCUGUGGCCGAGCUGGACAUUCAGUUGGAGGUGCUGAAGCUGCUGGCUGAGAUGAGUCCGUACUGUGGAGACAUGGAUAAACUGGAGCCCAACCUCAACAUGCUGUUUACCAAGCUGCUGGAGUUCAUGCCUUUGCCUCCAGAAGAGGUGGAGAACGGAGAAAACUCAGCGAGUGAGGAGCCCAAACUGCAGUUCAGCUAUGUGGAGUGUCUCCUCUUCGGCUUCCACCAGCUGGGCAAGAAGCUUCCAGACUUCCUCCUCGAGAAAGUGGAUGCCGAGGGCCUCAAAGACUUUAAGAUCAGGUUACAGUAUUUUGCCAGAGGCCUGCAGGUUUACAUCAGACAGCUGCGAGUAGCACUGCAAGGCAAGACAGGAGACGCUCUGAAGACGGAUGAGAACAAGAUCAAAGUGGUGGCCCUCAAGAUCACAAACAAUAUCAAUGUCCUCAUCAAGGAUCUGUUCCACAACCCUCCAUCAUCAGUCACUCUGUCCUGGAAACCCGUCCAGAAGGCAGAGGCAGUAGCCCCCAAGCGUCCGUCAGGUGAGGAAAUGGGACCUGGCGCCAGCACAAAAAAACAGAUUUCUCCACUGCCCCGGAGGGACGCACGGCAAAUCUAUAAUCCUCCGAGCGGCAAGUACAGCGCCACCAUUGGCAAUUUUACUAAUGAGCAGCGCGGUGGCUUCAGGGGCGGCCGGGGACGAGGUUUCGGAACCAGAGGCAACCGGAGCCGAGGCCGAAUCUACUGAGACACACGCUCAGUGCAUAUUUCUCAUUGAACUGCAUCACAUCAGGAUCUUUGCCGUACCAAGACGGACUACUUAUCACCUGCUCUUUUUUUAACUGGUUUCCACGUCUUUUUCACUUUCAAACAAUCACUUUCACACGUCCAGAUUUUUUUUCCCCCCAUUUUUUCCUGCUUUUUGAAGGAGGAGGAGGAAGGUGGGGAGGGGGGGUUGGUUUCCUGUCUUCAGCACAUCAGACAAUGAGCUCAGACUUUUUCUACCUGCCAUUUCAACAUUAACUCCCUGUAUCCCUCUUGGCCAAGGCAAUAGUUCAAGUAAAUUUAAAUGUUUGGGUUGUUUUUUUUUUUUUGCCCCCCUUCAUUUUUAAAAAAUAUUCUGUGUAUUUUUGUGGAACAAAAGACUGCCAUGUUGUAACUGAUAAAUAUUUUUUUUGUCAGAUUGUUGUAGGUAAAAAAAAAAAAAAGAUAAUGAUCCUCUUGUUUUGCAACAUGUUGAUGAAUGCAUUUCUUUCUACCUUCUUAUUUAAUCUUGUUUUCUUUUUUUAUUAGAGCUUUGAGUUGAAUUGGCUGACUAUUGCUACUUUGUAUGAAUCAAUGAUGUUGUUAAAUUGGAUUUUUAUCAUAAACUUGAUGGAAGUAUGACCUUU